UUGUAGCUUCGACUAGGCGGCACGGUGACAUAGACGUCAAAUAACUUCGUAGAACAAACAUCGUUUUUUCGCAACAAGUAACACUAUGGGAAAUUUGUACUGGCAAAUUUAGUGCGGAUCACAACCAAGAUGUAGGCGAUACAGGUCGAUAGAUCAGCGAAAAAAAAUCAACUGGCUGAACACAGAGAACGACAAUGGCGACACAAGGAUCCAAUCACGUGACAGCUGCAACUGUAUUGUUAUUCUUCUAUCUGAAAUUGAUUCUGCAAAUCGAUGGAUGGCAAAGACUCGUUUUUCCUGACCCGUUAAUGGAGCAUAACGGCUUCUGUCUCCAAGGCCUGGUUUUUCAUACGCUUAAAACGAACGAUAUUCAAGUAUGUGGGAUGGGUUGUCUUAAACAGAGCAAGUGCAAGUCCAUAAAUUAUGACAAAGGGGGUAAAAGAUGUGAACUUAAUAAAGAAGACCAAGACGUUAGAACAAGUUCCUGUUUUAGACAGAUAGAUGGUUGCUCCUACUUUUCUCGGAAGGAAUUGGAAGCAAUGGAGAUGUUUCUAGGAAAGUGUAGGCGCCACUCGUGCCCAGACGACACGGUGUGUGUACCAGACGGGGCCACGUCACCAAAACGGUACAGCUGUGGACCGUCUAACAGCGAUGAAACAAUGCACCGGACAACCAAUGUGGCUGACACGCCCCUCCAGUAUAUCGGCGCAGGCUACAAUCUGCUCACAGGAAACCCGCAAAUGGCCACGGAUCCCGGAGUAUUGCUACAUAAACGCGUACUUCAGCUGACAGAGUCAGACACCACAGGAUUUAAGGAGGCUUCGGUCACACAAAGAUCUACUUGCACCAACAGCCAGCAGCACUCUCUUGUCCAUGGGUCCACGUCCCUACAGAACGAAAUGGAGGCUUUUGUGCAGGCAUCGUCAUCCCAUCCCCCGUUAUUAGCUGGAUUAAGCUUCGCAGGAAAUGCAGACUUUAUCAAAGCACGAAAGAAGUUGGACGCUGGGGAAGAUGUCUACCAGGACCACGUGGUCACGUGCAAGCUCGGAACAGCUCAGUACGACCUUGCAGGCGCUGUAUCGAGCUACUACACAGUUUCUCGUGACUUUGCCAAAGCAGUGUGUAUCCUGGCAACAUUGGGCAGUUCCUACACGUCUCAAUAUUUAGAUUUCCUCGAUCAAUGGGGAACGAGUGUCGUGACAUUGGCAGACUUUGGAACCUGGACAAUGGAACGCCACAGAUUGUCUGUUCCCGCCUUAUUCCAACAUGUCUACACAUCGAACCCAAACGUACUUGACCAUGCCGGUUAUUUCAACGGACACGCUUCAUCCUGGACCAUUAAUAUGGAUAGAUACGACCGGAGUUCACUUGUUACACAUUCUUUUGGAUCUCCAGAUAAGCUGACUGUUGGGAAACUGUCACACCCAGAUCCCAUCAGAAUGGAGGUUACUCCAAUCUCUGACUUUAUGAAGUGGAGCUACUUCCAAUCGGUCGUGUGUGAGUUGAAAGCGCGCCACGAGUGUGUGGACACGAUGCAGGCCCACGACCUCCAGCUGAUUGCCAACAAUGUCCGGUCUGUUAUGGCUCAAUAUGCACAACACAAGGGGGUGACCGGAACUAUAGAUCAUACUUUGCAAGCACCUGUGACAUGGCCCGUCGGUAUGUACGGGUUGAUGAAGGCUGCUUCCGGUUGCCCGAUGAAUGGCUUCCAAUGGCUGCAAGGUUGGCGAACAUAUGACACGGAAGACAACGUCCCUAGUAACAAGUUUACCAUUGGAGUUAGUAGCUACUUAAGUGGAAAUUUCGAACUUUCCUACAUUACAACAUAUUUCUGUAUGAAGAACACCCAUUCUGUCACAAGCUACGACAUCAACUGGCCAAAAGGUUCCUACUGCAUACUGAAGUACGAAAGCUCCUCCUGUCCUUCUGGGUUCCAAAGCGGUUUUAUAUACUGGGACGAUGAAGACGUGGACAACUUGAAUGGUCUAGGCGGAACUCUGCCGGAUGGCGUGUACGGCACCGACACUAAGAUUUACUAUUGCUGCAGGGACGACGGUUUGACAUCGACUGCGAUCAGUCUGCCUACGGACUGGCCCUUCAUCCUGAUGCGCAUGUCGACCGCCUGUCAGACCGUGUACGGUAUGAGUGUCACGGAGGUGUUUGUGGGCUGGGAUGACGAAGAUGGAGAUAACAGAAGCAACCGCGGCGGUCUGCACCCGUACGACGGCAGCAGCUCAGGAGCCGUGGCCACAAACCACCUGCUGUACUUCUGCUACUAUUAUAGAUGA